AUGAACUACUGCACGUUCUGUCGUAAAUCUGACCCAUUGAAACGACUAUCAUCGGGAGAAAUUACUGGACCAGUUACACGGAACCACAAAAUAUUCAAAACAGUGGGACGUGUUGAAGACGAACCGGGGCCAAGUCAUUCUGUAAAAGAUGAAACUUUGAUUAAAGGCACAGGACGGCAUACAGGAAUCAUGUUCCCAAAGUCCGAUGGUGGUUGUACAGAAAGCAUUGGACAAUCGGGGCGCGUGCAGGGAGCAGAGAAUAAAUUUCAAUUAGAGCAAUCAGGACGGUCGGUCGCGGAAGUUUCUGGAUCCGAUGGGCACGGGAUAGCGUCGCUGCACCUUGCAUACAAAACGUCAAGCCUAACGCAUACAAAGGAGGACCUCCGCCGCAAAUCAUUAGAAUUGCGG